AUGCUUCACGUUAACUCGAGAGUCCGGACUCAAUUAUCAUGUCUAGCCGCACGAUCAUCCCCCUCCGGACGAAGCUGGGUCACCACCCAGAGUAAGCCUCCCGUGUCUCGUUUCCGCCCUCUUGACAUUCUCGACGACGUCAACGUGGACAGAUUCCGCGAAAGAUGCUUCGCCCCAGAACUGCCAAUCGUCCUGCCACGCGGGAAUUUUGAUAACCUUCCGGCCGUAACGCGUUGGUUCCGAUCAUCCUCAUCCUCGCCCUCAGCGUCGCAACUGAACACGGAAUACUUGCAACAGCACGGUGGUGACGCUUUUGUCCCGCUGGAACUCACCCAAUCUGUCCAGCAGGGGCAGCCGGGAGGCGGAGAGGUAGAAUUCCGGAAAUUCCAUGCCCCUCUGAGUCUCUUCCUGGAGUGGAUGCGUGCGGCGGAGACCCAAUCGCCGACUGCACGUCUAUAUAUGGCGCAAUGCCAACUGCUCGAUCUGCCGCAGACCCUGCGCGAUGAUUUUCCGGUACCCUCUGUCGUGUCACAAGCAGGCCGUGGCGACAUCUACGACACCAACGUGUGGAUCGGAUAUCCACCCACAUAUACACCCCUUCACCGCGACCCGAAUCCGAACCUUUUCGUGCAGCUUGCGGGGCAGAAAGUUGUGCGACUGAUCGCCCCCAAUAAAGGCCAGACCGUGUUUGCGUCGGUGAGACGGGAGCUGGGAAGGAGCAGUGACCAUGGCGCGGCAGCGUUCCGGGGAGAGGAAAUGAUGCAGGGCCAGGAAAGGACCUUACUCGAGGCGGCAGUUUGGGGUGAUGGUAUAACCACCUCGGGUCCGGAGUCGCGCGGGGACUGCGAAGGGUUCGAGGCGCGCCUGUCAGCCGGCGAUGGGUUGUUUAUUCCCAAAGGCUGGUGGCAUAGCAUUAAGGGUGUUGGAGAGGGAGUCACUGCCUCGGUCAAUUGGUGGUUUCGAUAA